CAAGUAGAAGUAAAAGCGAAAACAAUGUUGGAUGUUGGAAUGAGUUACUUGGGUGAGUUAGUCCAGAGAUGCAUGGUUCAAGUCGAAUUAACAAGCUUUAGAAAAAGGAUCAAACUUUGUCGCCUCCAUGAUCUCAUGAGAGACUUGUGCUUGUUGAAGGCCAAAGAGGAGAAUUUUCUUGAGAUUGUUCGCAUUAAAGCCUUUGGUCAUCAGCUCGCGUGGGCAGACUCUGCGCCGCCUUCUUCAUCAUCACCAUUAACAACAGUUCGUAGACUUGCUGUGUACUAUUUGAAUGAUUGUGAUGCCAACUCUAUAGAAAGUGAAAAUGUUAUUCCCCUAUCUGGACAUGAAAUGAAGAAUCACAACCAUAUCCGAUCAUGCCAAUUUUACUCUUUUGGCCAUGAAUUGGAAAGUUCUGGUUGGCAAAAAUUAAAAUUACUCUUGAAGGGUCUCACAUUGCUUACCGUUUUAGACCUGGAAAGAAUUAUUUUACCUGGGGGAAGAAUGAAGUUUCCGAGAGCAAUAGGAAAGCUAAUUUACUUGAGGUAUUUCAGUAUAAGACAUUCUGAAAUUGGAAGUUUGCCUUCUUCUAUAGGCAACUUGGGAUUCCUCCAAACCCUAGAUUUAAGGGGACGGUGGAGUUUAAGAAUACCCAAUGUCUUGUGGAGGUUGAAAAAUUUGAGACAUCUAUAUCUUCCUAGAAGAAUCAAGCUGUCUUGCAUAGGUAAGUUGCGAUUGGAUGGUUUAAGCAAAUUGGAGACGCUAGAAAACUUUGAUGCAAGGAAGUGUGAUGUCAGAUGCUUAUCUAAACUGAUUAAUCUUCGAAAAUUCAGUGUUGAGGUAGCCCCCAAAGAUUUGGUCGUGAUGUUGAAAUCCCCAAUCCUCAACAAUUCAAACCGCCUUCUCCAAUAUUCGUCCUUCAGCAUUAGAGGAGAUUUCCGAACGGAAGAAGAACAAAGCCUUUUAAGGCAACUUUUAGGAUGCCACCAUCUUCGCAAAUUGCAAUUAGGUGGGUCCCUGAAUCACGUUAAGAAACUUGGGUCCCUGAAUCACGUUAAGAAAUUGCCAGACCAAUUCCCUCCAAAUCUCACCAAGUUAUGGUUGAGGCAUACUGAACUAGAGGAAGACCCAAUGCCAACAUUGGAGAAGUUCCCCAACUUAAGGACUCUCUGCUUAUUAAAGGAUUCCUACAUUGGGAAGGCGAUGGUUUGUUCUUCUGGACCAUCCAGCAUCAGCGGUGGAGGAGGAGGAGGGGGCUAUGGCGGCUGUGAUGGUGGAGGUUUUCCGAAACUCAUAUCUUUAGAGCUCUGGAAUAUUGAAAACUUGGAGGAGUGGAGGGUGGAACAAGGAGCCAUGCCUUGUCUCUUCCAUUUACAGAUUGGUGGAUGCCGAAAAUUGAAGGAGAUUCCGGACGGAUUGAGGUUCCUUACCACCCUCCGUGAAUUGGAUAUUAAAUACUCAUCUGAAGCACUCAGAGACAGGGUUAGAGAAGGAGGAGAGGACUUCUACAAAUUCAAGGACGUGCCUUCCAUCAUAUUAUAAUAAGAAUUGACGACUGAGGUUUCUCGGAUCUUCCUACAUUUACAUCAGCGGAUGAAGGGCAGUAAAUAUAUCCAGGUGGUGGCAGCUCCAUUGUUUUUGGAUUGUUGUUAUCUUGCACAAUCUUUUCAUUUAUGCCAAUUAUCUCUACAGCCACGGAGUUUGCUCACAGCAGCCUUUUCCUUAGCCUGGUUUGCAGCAUUUUCUUUCGUCUCUUCUUCUCAUGAAGAGGCCUACUUGAUAGCCUCUAGUCAAUCUACCGUUAGCUUCACGUCUGUUCUCAAUUAAGGUCUAUAUGUUACCUCUAUUGGUUUUUUUUUUUUUUUUUUGCUUGAGUGUUUGUAAGGCUUAUUCAAGUUAUUGGUGGUUGUUUCCUGAACUAUGUUACUUUUUAUAUGUAUUAAUGAAUGAUGUUCUUUUCUCAAGCCAAAAAUAUAAAAUAAAAAA